AGGUCUCGCUCAACUGAAACCUAGCCCAAGCGUCGAUUCGUUCAAUUCGACCACCUCGAUUCAGUGGGUCCGCUCCAACAACAACAACAACAACAACAACAACAACGCCCCGUCCGUCCGUACCUCCUCCGCCAACCAACUAGCACCCCCCGCGACGCUCAGUCACCUCCUUGCCGCCCAUAUCCAUUUAAGUAAUCGCCGGAACCACCUGCAAUCAUGGGAUCGCCGCCCCAGUCCAACAACCCCUUCAGAGCUUCUAUGCUCCCUCCGCCAGAAGAAUACUCCGAACCCGAACAGGAGCACCAGCCGCAAGAGCAACCGCAGCAGCCCCUCUCAUCGACCAUCGCUUCGUGCCCUCCCAUUUACAAAUCCCCCUCGACCACCACCACCAUCGCCGAGGCGCCCCGAUUCUCGCAGGAGAGCUAUCCUGCUUCCGAUCUGGCAAACGCGAGGACGGCCACGGUGUCGACCACGUCCCUACCGAUGGCGUCGACGACGAUGCAAACACCCAAGGACAAGGAGGUCGUCAUCACCGUGCACCACACGACAUCACAAGUGACGAUGCCGACCGAACCCCCGCCAACCAUGCCCCGGAAAUCGUGCGUCGGUGAUAGAUCGCGAAUCAGUAUGCAGGUGGACGAGAGCGGCAUGUGGCCGGCACGACGCUUGUUGCAGAAGCAACAUGCCGACAAGAAGCGGAUGUGGAUAUUCAUCAAGAUCGGAAUCGCGAUGCUGAUCAUCGGCGUGGCCGUCGCCGUCGGACUCGGCAUCAGCAAGGCGGUGCGGAAGAAUUAGACGUGUCGUCGUCUCGGAACUCUUCAAAAAUACGACG